AGGCUGAAAGGUGGCCGUGUUUACCUUCUGAGUGACAGGUGGAAGGAGAGGAGCAGCGCCCUAAAAUAACACUGAAUAAUAAUAAUAAUAAGAGUUAGCCCAUUAAAAAGCAAGGAGAAGAACUGUGUGAAUAAGCAGAAGAGAGGAUCAAGAGGAGGAGGACCUACGAAGCGAUACAAAGCAAUACAGGUCAAGAGAAGGAGAAGGGGGAGGUGCUGGCAGCCACAUCCCAGCAUUUUUUUUUUUAUAUCCGUCAAAGAAAACAUUGAGCAUUGAACACAGCCGCAUAGCUACAGCCUUGCCCUGCCGCCCCCGCUGUGUGUGUGCCUGUCCCCCCGCCUGGCCCUUGACCACCUGCCAUGACCAUCCACAGUCUCUACAUCCUAAGUAAGUCUGGCGGUCUCAUCUACCAGCACGACCACAAUUUGCCCACCAUUGAGAAUGAAAAAACUUUCAGUUACCCCCUGGAGCUCAAGCUUGAUGUGCAGAACAGGAAUGUGGUCGUGUCCUUUGGCCAGCGGGAUGGCAUCAGAGUGGGGCAUAUGCUGGUGGCUGUCAAUGGGAUGCGGGUGACGGGCCACCAGCUCGAUGAUGGCCGCGAGGCGCUCCAGGUGCUGCAGGACGAGGCCAACUACCCAAUCAACCUCAAGUUUGCUCGGCCAAGACUCACCACCAAUGAGAAGAUCUUCCAGGCGUCCAUGUUCUACCCGCUGUAUGCCCUGGCCUGUCAGCUGAGCCCGGAGCCCAGGAGCUCUGGUAUUGAGAUUCUUGAGGCUGACAACUUCAGGAUGAACUGCUUCCAGACCCUCACAGGAGUGAAGUUCAUGGUAAUCUCAGACCCCAAACAAAAUGGUGUUGAUUCUCUGCUGCACCGAGUGUAUGAGCUGUACUCCGACUAUGCCCUCAAGAACCCCUUCUACUCCCUGGAGAUGCCCAUCAGGUGUGAGCUGUUUGACGAGCACCUCAAAACAGCGCUGGACCAGGCAGAGCGGCUGGGCCUGAGCAGUGUGUGAUUGACAUGGACAUGCACUCAUUCCUUCACCUGUAGGCCGUCAUUACUAUUGUUACUUGUUAUAAUACAGAGCUGUAAAGAGG